AUGGCAGGUCAGAAGGAGAAAGAGGUUAUGAAAGAGAUGGAAAAAGAGGAAGAGGAUAUGAAAGAGGAGGACAAAGGGGAAGAGGAUAUGAAAGAGAAGGACAAAGAAGAAGAGGAUAUGAAAGAGAAGGACAAAGGGGAAGAGGAUAUGAAAGAGGAGGACAAAGGGGAAGAGGAUAUGAAAGAGAAGGACAAAGAAGAAGAGGAUAUGAAAGAGAAGGACAAAGGGGAAGAGGAUAUGAAAGAGAAGGACAAAGGGGAAGAGGAUGUGAUAGAGAAGGACAAAGGGGAAGAGGGUUUGCAUAUGGAUACGGACAAGGAAGAGAUGGACAAAGGGGAAGAGGAUUUAAUUAUGGAAGAGAAGUUAGACAAAGGGGGGGAGGAAAUUUGUAUGGAAGAAAAGAUGGACAGAGAAGAAGAGGAUUUGAAUAUGGGUAUGGAAGAGGGAGAGGGUUUGGAUAUAGAAGAGAAGAUGGACAAAUAG